UAUAAAGCUUCGUUCGGUCGUGGCCCGUGUCCUGUCCUCCAAGGCUCGCAAGGAUUUUUCGCUAUGUCGAACAAGUCGUCUGUGGUUCUGGGUUACUGGGAUAUUCGCGGGUUGGCGCACGCCAUCCGCCUGCUCUUGGAGUUCACGGACACAUGCUAUGAGGAGAAGCGGUACACGUGCGGGGAAGCUCCUGACUAUGAUCGAAGCCAAUGGCUGGAUGUGAAAUUCAAGCUAGACCUGGACUUUCCUAAUCUGCCCUACCUCAUGGAUGGGAAGAACAAGAUCACCCAGAGCAAUGCCAUCCUGCGCUACAUUGCUCGCAAGCACAACAUGUGUGGUGAUACUGAAGAAGAAAAGAUUCGAGUGGACAUCAUGGAGAACCAAGUAAUGGAUUUCCGCAUGCAGCUGACACGGCUUUGUUACAACUCUGACCAUGAAAAACUGAAGCCUCAGUACUUGGAACAACUACCUGGACAACUGAAGCAAUUCUCCUUGUUCCUGGGGAAAUACUCAUGGUUUGCAGGGGAAAAGAUCACCUUUGUGGAUUUUCUCACCUAUGAUGUCUUAGAUCAGAACCGUAUGUUUGAGCCCAAGUGCCUGGAUGAGUUCCCAAAUCUGAAGGCUUUCAUGUGCCGUUUUGAGGCUUUGGAGAAAAUAGCUGCCUACAUGCAAUCUGACCGCUUCUUCAAGAUGCCCAUCAACAACAAGAUGGCCCAGUGGGGCAACAAGAAGACUGUAUGCUGAGCAGGAGGCAGAUUUGCACUGCUUGUUUAGCUCCAUCUUGUCUCUAGAGGGCCUGUACUCUAUCUUCUCUUCUCUUUUCAAUAAAUUGCACUUAGGCACUGGU